GGUAAGCCCAGAAAGCUCUCGCUCGUGACCGUAAGAACGCUUUGCCUUCUCUUCGUCUCAAGCUCAACGCCUCUACAAACCCUAGAAUCCGUUCGAUCACCUCUCUCGGCCGUUCUCCAGUUACACUGCUUCUACGAUCCUCGAUCUCCUUCUCCGUUUUCCCUGGAAAACAUUACCGGAGACAAUCGAUCCUGCCUUCGCUUCGUCGCAAUCCCAUCGCUGCUUCUCAAUCCGUGUCUUAUCGAUAUCUCAACUGUGUCGCAUACCUGCUUCUGUUCAGCAGUGCAAUCUGUCUGCAAUCUCUGCCGUUGCUGCUGUUUUGACGAGGAAAUCCGUCGUAGACUCAUCUUCUCGGAGAAAAUUCGUCCUCCCCGUUGUCGUAGUCGGUUGGAUCCGAAUUGAGUCCUAGAUUGAGUGCGGUUUGUAUUCAGUUGAUAUCAAUCUGCGUUCUUGCCCUUGUUUUCCCGAGAAAAUCCGUGGUAAGCUCAUUUUCCUCGUCAAAAUCGAACCUUCUCUACGUUCGCAAUCUGAUAUAAAAGCCUGUUGUUCACUGAUUCCUAAUUUUCUGUUAGAUUGAGUUCAGUCUCUUUAUCAAUCUGAGCUGGUGUCCAAAUUUUUGGAAAAAUCCGUAUUAGGCAUAUUUUCCCGAGCAAAUUAGCCCUAGCUAUCGUCGAGUCGAAUCUUACUUUUUCUCGUCAACUCAAGUCAACCUCUUCUCCUAGCUUCCUAUCUCUUUCUUCUCUUCAAUUUUUGAGUGAGUCAAGCUUCGAUCUUCUCACUUUUCUCAAUCUUCAUCUAAUUCGCUGUAAUUAUCAAAGAACGGUUAUAAAUUUCGACCUACAGAUAGGUGUACAAAGUGUUUUUACUACUGGAACAAUCUUUUGUUUGCUUGAAGUAACGGUGGCGCUGAGAUUAACUUGAGAAUGGUGGGAGGUGGAAACCGAAAGGACGAGUCAUUGGUGUUGAACAGUACUAACGUGUUUGCGGCUCUGGGAACUCUGAGAAAGAAGAAGAAGUCUGACAAAGAGAAAGGCUCAUCGAAGGGCAAAAGCUCUUCCAAGAAAAAACAAGAGGAGGAGGAGCCUCAUCCGCAGGUGUUUUGGACUCCAACGCCAUUGACGGUGAAAUCAUGGGCUGAUGUUGACGAUGAGGAUGAUGAUGAUUACUACGCCACUGCAGCUCCGCCUCAAGCCGUUUGGGGUGGUUCAGCUGAUAUGUCAGCUCCUGCCAAGGAGAGCUCCACACCGGUUGAGGAAAGUGAAAGUGAUGAUGAAGGACUAGAUGAAGUUGAUGAUGAUAACGAGGAAGAACAUGAUAAUGAACCUGAAGUGCCAGUAGAAAAAGAGCCAAUUGUGAAGAAACUUGCUGAAGUUUCUUUGGUGCAUAAAGAUCCAGAAAGGCAGCUUUCCAAGAAGGAACUGAAGAAGAAAGAGCUUGCAGAACUUGAUGCUGUCCUUGCUGAACUGGGAUAUGCAAAGUCUGAGGGCAGUGUCCAAGAUGACUCACGUGGUGAUGCCCAAGAGAAGAAGCUAGAUAAUCCUAGUGGAGAGUUGGAGAAGAAGGAAAAUGCUCCUCCUGGGGAGGGAAAAAGUUCAAAAAAGAAGAAAAAGAAGGAUAAAGCUUCAAAGGAGGCUAAAGAACAGCAACAGGACAAGGCUGAUGGCAGUGAAGGCGCAAAUGGGGGAACUGAUGAAGCUGCUGCGGGGACUGAGAAGAGUGAAGAUGCAGCACCUGUUGUUGAUGUGAAAGAGAAGAUUAAGAAAGUUACAUCCAUGAAGAAGAAGAAAUCAAGCAAGGAGAUGGAUGCUGCUGCAAAAGCUGCGUCUCUUGAGGCUGCUGCAAGGAGUGCAAAGCUUGCUGCUGCAAAGAAAAAGGAGAAGAAUCACUACAACCAGCACCCCGUGCGAUAAAGGAUAUGUUUCUUAGUUCUCAAUGUUUCAAGGGCAUAUGUACCCUUUGCCUUUGGGUCAACAAUUUGUUUAAUGCAAAAUAAAACAUCAUCAGUGUCUUGGGUUCAAAUGAGAUAUGGACUUUAACAGGGAGUAUCUUUUUGUUCUACCUGGUUGGAUGGUUGGAGAAACAAUGAAAGUUCUGGAUACAUCUAAAAAGAUAUGUUUUUUUAUUUUAUUUUAAUGUUUCUUCAUUACUUUUUUCUGCUGGACA